CACAGUGCAGACGCAGAGAUCUCAUCGCUGUCAGAAGAGUCGCGCACUUGUACUCUUCCUUGAGUUUUUCAUUUAGCAAAGCAAACACUUUAUGUAGUCAUCUUUUUUUCUUGUAACAUUGCUGGUUUCUUAAUUUGAGCGCAUCACAGGACAUCCGCGGUCUCCAGCACUCCUCCAGCACAGACGCUGAUUCUCUUUCGCCCUGCUGCGGUCCUCGCUGGAGCUGUGAGAUUUUAGUAAGCGCCGCAGGACCCAGAACUGCAAAACUGUUUGAAGAAGAGAGCUUCCUCUUGUCCCGCGCGCCCAUGGAAGGCGACGUUAUGGAUAAACUGGAGGACAUGGCCUCAGUGUGCGAGUUCGACCCUAUCACGGGGGAUAUUCCCGCCACCAAAGUGGAGAUCACCGUCUCGUGCAGAAACCUGUUAGAUCGGGACACGUUCUCCAAGUCUGAUCCUUUGUGUGUUCUGUACACUCAGGGAGUGGAGUCUAAGCAGUGGCGUGAGUUUGGGAGAACUGAAGUCAUCGACAACACCCUGAACCCAGACUUUGUGAGAAAGUACAUCCUGGACUAUUUCUUCGAGGAGAAGCAGAAUCUGCGCUUUGACAUAUAUGACAUUGACUCCAAAAGUCCUGAUCUGGCCAAACACCCCUCCGAUUUCAACGACUUCCUGGGUCAGACCUUCUGCACUCUGGGUGAGAUAGUGGGUUCACCAGGCAGUCGUCUGGAAAAGCCUCUGGGUGGCAUCCCUGGGAAGAAUUGUGGUACCAUUAUUCUCACCGCAGAGGAACUCGGAAACUGUCGGGACUGUGCAACAAUGCAGUUCUGUGCCAAUAAGCUGGAUAAGAAAGACUUCUUUGGCCGCUCUGACCCGUUCAUGGUGUUCUACAGAAGUAAUGAGGACGGAACGUUCACUAUCUGCCAUAAAACUGAAGUGGUAAAGAAUACGCUGAACCCCGUCUGGCAGCCGUUCACCAUUCCUGUCAGAGCGUUGUGCAAUGGAGAUUAUGACAGGUCAAUUAAAGUGGAGGUGUACGACUGGGACAGAGAUGGCAGUCAUGAUUUUAUCGGGGCGUUCACCACCAGCUACAGAGAGCUCUCUCGUGGUCAGAGUCAGUUCAACGUGUACGAGGUGGUAAAUCCUAAAAAGAAACUCAAAAAGAGGAGAUACAUCAACUCUGGCACAGUGACACUGCUUUCAUUCUCGGUGGAGGCCGAACACACGUUCCUGGACUACAUCAAAGCAGGCACUCAGAUCCAUUUCACAGUGGCCAUUGAUUUCACUGCGUCCAAUGGGAACCCUUCUCAGUCUACCUCCCUGCAUUACAUGAGCCCCUAUCAGAUGAACGCGUAUGCCAUGGCGUUGAAGGCCGUGGGCGAGAUCAUUCAGGACUAUGACAGCGAUAAGAUGUUUCCUGCAUUGGGCUUUGGAGCCAAACUUCCUCCUGAUGGCCGGGUUUCCCAUGAAUUUCCCCUGAAUGGUAAUGUAGAUAACCCAUACUGCAACGGGAUGGAGGGCAUCCUAGAGGCUUACCACGAGAGUCUGAAGACUGUCCAGCUCUACGGACCCACCAAUUUUGCUCCUGUCAUCAACCAUGUAGCAAGGUAUGCUGCAGCAGUUCAAGACGGCUCGCAAUACUUUGUGCUUCUCAUCAUCACAGACGGUGUGAUAUCAGAUAUGGCUCAGACUAAAGAAGCCAUCGUCAAUGCGGCAAAACUACCUAUGUCCAUUAUUAUUGUUGGAGUUGGCCAGGCUGAGUUUGAUGCCAUGGUUGAACUGGACGGCGAUGAUGUAAGAAUAUCCUCCAGAGGAAAGCUGGCGGAGAGGGAUAUAGUACAGUUUGUACCAUUCAGAGACUACAUGGAUAGGACAGGAAACCAUGUCCUGAGCAUGGCACGGCUUGCCAAGGAUGUCCUGGCCGAGAUCCCGGAUCAGUUAAUUUUAUAUAUGAAGUCAAGGGGCAUCAAGCCCAACCAGACACCACCAGACUACAGCCCACCUGGGCUCAGCCCAACCCCCACCGUAUGAGUUUACCCAGCCUGCUGAAAUAAAACAGGUGAUGUUAUGUCACCUCCAAUUUGGAUCUCGUUCAAAGCCAAUACAACUGAUUCAGUGUGAGGCGUCUAGGAGAGCGGAUGGAUUCAAUUCCCGGUUUUUGGAUCUCAUACACUGGAGAAAUUGAAAACUCUAUCUGUGUUCUGGAGGUUGAACUGGAAAGAACGGUACUUAUUGAUCUGUGAGUUGGUUUCCUCCUCAUAAUUUCUUUACAAAUUAGCCAACAUUUAUAGUUUGGAUCAGUCUCAUUCAGAUUCAUACGUCCGACUUUGCGCAAGCAAUGCAAUUUUCUGCUUAUUUAACAUCUCAACAUCUAUAAAAACGCUAUAGGUCUUGUGUGUCAGCAUGUGAGGACUGUGUGUUAUAUUAGGAAAAUCUUUCUUGUAUCUGCCAGAGGAGGCAAACAAGAGCAUCACUAGAAAGUGUGAUUUAAAAAAAUAGUGAAACAAUAAGUGGUUGUUUGAAAUAUUAUACCCUGUACGGGUGAUCUGUUUAGUGAAAUUGUUUGAUUUGUUUCUAGAAUUUGUAGAUAGUUUGUGUUAUGGUGGUUUUAUUUUUUCCAUGGGGUUUGGGCAAAGUCUUUUUAGUACAAAGUUAUAUUUCCCAUUGCAGUGUCCUAUUUAUAGCUUUUUAGAGCUAUGAUAAACAAGAUUUUCUAUUCUAAAGCAUGAAAUCCAGGUAAAAACAAUUGUCCAUUGCAUUAAUACAUUGUAUUAAAUGUAUUUACGUGCUUUAGAUGAAAUCAGUAAAGAAAAAUCCAAUGUAAAAGAGAAGCACAAAUAUUUUCUUAAAGCUAUAAAAUUUAUAAAUGUUAAUCAGAGGUCACAGAUUCAGAUUCAUUACUGUACACAGACUGAAAGAAAUUUCAGGAACAAUCAGCUCACAAGAACACAAAAUUUACUUUAAUUUGCCCCUCCGAGUUGAUAUAUCUUGAUAUUGUACAGCAGCUCCUCAGACGCAUGCGAGCCAUCCGGGGAAACAUGAGAGAUGUCUCGGCCGCUCGCUGCUCGCUGCUAAAGAUGAUUGGAGAUGAGGCAGCGUCUGCUGUUUCUCUCAUAGCACUGUCUGACUCACCUGCUGUCAGUGUCCAGCCACGCUGAACCUUAGCUCCCUCAUUCCUGGGAUUUUCCCUGGAGUUUAAAACACUUUUCUAUUCUUCACCAUGACAGGAUUAUUUUACUGGUUUCAAAAGAUGAAAGACACAUUGCAUGCAGCUGAAAUUGCGUUACUCGCAGUGCAAACAUAAUGCCAUUUUGUUUCAGUGUUCUAGCUUGAAAUGAUUUAUAGCAUUGACAUAAUAACAGGACAAGCAUCGAACACAAUUAAUUUAAUAAACUUGCCUUACAUACAGUAAGUUUACAUUAAUGGUUGAUAGGAAGCAUCAAUUAGAAACAGUAUUUUAUAUGCAGUAUUAUUACUAAGGAAGCGCAUGUUGAUUUCCUUUUCAAUUUUAAAACCUUAAUAGGCUUAAGACAUUCAGUUAAAUCUCAGAAAAUGUUAGCUAUAUGAUUUACUCUUGUCUAGCAUAUACAGCCUCUUUUGUCUGAGGUCCAUUUUGAAAAUUAAUAAUCACUAUCACAGACAAAUCUGUAUGUAUCAGUAAAUACUGACUGACUUGCUUUUUUGGACAGCAGGGCCGUUUAUACUUGUUCUUACCCACAGUUUUGAUACAUUUCCUCCUUGUCCGGUAAAUUUUUACAUCUUUGCUUGUUUGUCCCAAGUUGUACCAAUGUUUUGGUUUUAGAACAUUUAUCUGUUAUUGUGGUGUAGAUUAUGAACUGUGAAGAUGAACUGCAGUUUUAUUUUUAAAUCUCCUCUGGUCCUGAAGCUACAAAUUUGUAAGUUAGCACAGAUGUUUACAAAAUGUGAUUUCCUCCUUUUUAACCCACUUUUACAACAAGAAUGACAAUGUUCUUUUGCAAAGAUUGUUAAAUUUGGAAAAUCUGCUCCCGGAUAACAAGACAAUGUGUUUAAACGCACCUUUCUUUUACUGUGAGUUAUUAGCACACCUGCAGUUACUGAGAAUGAAGUGAUCCAUCAAUCAAUUAGGAGGUGAAGAUUAAGUCUGACAAAGGGAGCAUUGGGUGAAAAGGUUUGUUUGAGAGUGUUAGCAGGUGUAUUGAUUUUAAAGGCUUAUUUACUCUUCACUUGAUAUUGUUAAUGGCUAGUUAAUAACUAGAAGAUAAUAGUCCUUUUACUGUUGAGAAGAAUUUUUUUUUUUUUUCAUGUUUCUUAUUUAUAUUUGUUUUUUUCUUUUCAAGGGCCUUUUUAUUGUAUUCUGUUUCUCAAAUGUGAACCUGAAAUUUCUACUUGCAUAAAUUUAACCUUUUUUAAAAUCCUGUUUAAUAUUUAUGAACACAUUGCUGCUAGGUGGCUUGUAAAUCCGAAAAACAAAUUACAGGCAUCCUGAAACACAUGUAUAUCACUAUCCAGAGAAUGUUAAUGGGUUAAUUUUAUGGCAUGGUGUAAAUUUAGCAAAUGCUAUUUGUUUUAUCCCACUAUAAUAAAAGUCAUAUAGUAGUUCACAAAACCAUUGCAAAGAGGUAAUAGUAAGAAAAAGUGUCAAUUAUGUGUUAAAGAUGUGGCCCUUGUCCAGUGCCAACAUUCCCUCUGUGAGAUAUGCAUGAUUGUGCCAAAAUAGCCGAUGGGUUCAGUGAUGAACUGGCCUAUUGCUCUGCGUUAAGCCUCUGCCGCUCGUCUCAUAAUCGAAAUCCAGAGCAUGACGCAUCCCAUCCUUGCUAUAUUCCUUUUCCUUCUCUCUUUAUCUCUUCUUCUUUGCCUCUCUUUAUCUCUGUCGAUACGCAUGGUGAGAUAUUUCCAAACCGAACAUAGAACAUUGCUGUUGUCAUACCCGUGGUGUGUGAAAUUUGUAAUGGAUUGCCUUAAAAAUGACAAUGAAUAAAACAA